AUGGGCUCGAUCAACUACAACAACUCCGAGGUUCUCGAUGUCCUCAUCGUCGGUGCCGGUAUCUCUGGUAUCAACGCCGCCUACCGUCUGAAAGACGAACUUCCCGACAAGAAGUAUCUCAUCCUCGAAGGCCGUGACAACCUCGGUGGUACCUGGGAUCUUUUCAAAUACCCCGGUAUCCGAUCUGACUCGGACUUGCACACUUUCGGUUACGCCUUCAAAGAGUGGACCGGCCCUGACAUUGCCGAAGGUAGAGAGAUCAUUGCUUACCUCAAAAAGGUUGCGGAUGAGAAUGGUAUCACCGAGAACAUUCGUUUCCGUACCAAGGUCACCAACGCUGAUUGGUCGACCGAGGAGCGAUGCUGGUUUGUUACUGUAGACCAGAACGGAGAGCAGAAGCACUACCGCUCGCGCUACUUCUACAUUUGCACCGGUUACUACGACUAUGAUGCUGCGCUCAAGGCUGAUAUUCCCGGCAUUCAGAACUUUAAGGGUAAGGUUGUUCACCCGCAGUUCUGGGAUGUGACGGAAGACGAUUAUAGGGGUAAGAGGGUGGCGGUUAUCGGCUCGGGCGCCACUGCUAUUACUCUGAUACCCUCAAUGGCUGAGGUGACUAAGGAGGUUACGCUUGUUCAGCGUUCUCCCACUUACAUCUUGUCGCUGGAGAAGCACGAUCCCAUUGCCAAAAUUAUCCGUGCUAUCCUUCCGCGUAGGGCAGCAGCUUUCUUGAUCCGUCAGAAGAACAUCGCUCGUAUCUACGCUUCUUACCACAUCUUCCGCGCUUUCCCUGGUGUCGCUAAGGCCAUUCUCGGCAAGCUCACCAAGGGCCAGCUUCCCAAAGACAUUCCUCUGGACCCUCACUUCAAACCCAGCUACAACCCUUGGGACCAGCGUCUCUGCAUUUGCCCCGAUGGCGACUUUUACACAACUCUCCGCCAGGGUAAAGCCCAUAUCGCCACCGGUCACAUCGACACUGUUACUUCCAACGAGAUCAUCCUGAAGAACGGCGAACGUAUCCCUUGUGACCUCAUCGUCACCGCCACUGGUCUUAAGCUCCAAAUCGGUGGUCACAUUACCACCACGGUUGACAAGAAGCCUGUUCAUGCAAACGGGAGGUUCGUUUGGAAGGGAUGCAUGCUCGAGGGAUUGCCCAACUACUUUUUGUCCAUCGGAUACACAAAUGCUUCAUGGACAUUGGGGUCUGACUGCACUGCCCAGUAUGUCGUGAGGUUGAUCAAGCACAUGGACAAGUAUCACAAGUCUAUGGUCGUUCCCAGCCCGACCAACAGGGACCAGUUGGAAGAGGGACCUUUGUUGAACUUGAACUCGACUUACGUUAAGAAGGCAAAGAGCGAGUUGCCUAAGGCUGCUACUAGUGGGCCUUGGAAAGCGAGGACCAACUACUGGUACGAUCUGGUUCAGGCUAAGUACGGUGGUUAUGAUGAUCUUCACUUCAACUAA